CUGGUUGGUAGUGACCUCUGAUGGCUAAGGUGCCUUUCAGCUCUGCUGCCGUCAAAAGAAGAAUCCCCACUGGACAAACCAUCUGUUUUCCCCCAACUCUGUUUUGUGUUUUCCUCACUGCCUUGUCUUGAAGAUAACGAUGCCAAAGAAAGCGAAGCCUGCAGGGGAUGGGAAGGAAGAGGGGCCUGUCCCCUGUAAGCAGGUGAAGGUGGAGGCAGCUGGUGGGCCUUCCCCUUUGAACUUUGACAGCCCCAGUGGCCUCUUUGAAAGUUUAAUCUCACCCAUCAAGACGGAGGUUUUUUUCAAGGAAUUCUGGGAGCAGAAGCCCCUUCUCAUCCAGAGGGAUGACCCUUCGCUGGCCACAUAUUACCGGUGCCUGUUCAGGCUCUCAGAUCUGAAGAGUCUGUGCAGCCGGGGUAUGUACUAUGGGAGAGAUAUAAAUGUCUGCCGGUGUGUCAGUGGAAAGAAGAAGGUUUUAAACAAAGAUGGCAAAGUGCACUUUCUUCAGCUGAGAAAAGAUUUUGAUCAGAAAAGGGCAACAAUUCAGUUUCACCAACCUCAGAGAUUUAAGGAUGAGCUUUGGAGGAUCCAGGAGAAGCUGGAGUGCUACUUCGGCUCCUUGGUUGGCUCGAACGUGUACAUAACCCCCGCGGGAGCUCAGGGCCUGCCGCCCCAUUAUGACGAGGUGGAGGUUUUCAUCCUACAGCUGGAAGGGGAGAAACACUGGCGCCUGUACCACCCUACGGUGCCCCUGGCGCGAGAGUACAGCGUGGAGGCCGAGGACAGGAUCGGGAGGCCAGCACACGAGUUCACAUUGAAGCCGGGAGACUUGCUGUACUUUCCCAGAGGGACCAUUCAUCAGGCGGACACUCCCGUGGGGCUGGCCCACUCCACGCACCUGACCAUCAGCACCUACCAGAGCAGUUCAUGGGGAGAUUUCCUUUUGGACACCAUUUCGGGGCUCGUGUUUGAUACCGCGAAGGCAGAUGUGGCGCUCCGGGCCGGUAUACCCCGGCAGCUGCUCCUGGUGGAAACCCCAGCUGUUGCAACAAGAAGAUUAAGUGGCUUUCUGAGGAUGCUUGCCGACCAGCUGGAGGGUACCAAAGAACUGCUUUCAGCAGACAUGAAGAAGGAUUUUGCUGUGAACAGGCUCCCACCUUACUAUAUGGGAGAUGGAGCAGAGCUUUCAGCACCAGGUGGACAGUUUCCACGGUUGGACAGCACAGUGAAACUGCAGUUUAGAGAGCACAUUGUCCUCACUCUAGAACCCGAUCAGGACCCAUCAGAUGAAACUCAAGAAAAGAUGGUGUACAUCUAUCAUUCCUUAAAGAAUAAGAGAGAAACACACAUGAUGGGAAACGAGGAAACAGAGCCUCAUGGACUUCGCUUUCCUUUAUCACAUAUGGAUGCACUGAAGCAGGUUUGGAACAGUUCAGCUAUUGCUGUCAAAGACCUGAAACUUCCUACAGAUGAGGAAAAGCAAAGCCUGGUAUUAUCCCUCUGGACAGAAUGUUUAAUCCAAGUAAUCUAGUGCCUUUGCAGAAUCAAAUGUCUACUUUUUUAUAUAUAUAUAUAGGGAGUCCCUGUUGCUUUGAGCCAAGGACACAAUGAAUGUAACUUUCCUUACCUGUGUAUCUAAUCCCAUGAAACCUACCUGUUACAGCUGAUCAGUUGGCCAUAUGUACUAACAGAGGUACAAAGAAGAAAGAAAAGCACAUUACUAAAUAUCCCAGAAGGUGACAAAAACCAUACUUCUUGACAAGUUUAUUUAAUCCAGUGUGGUAGAAAAGGCACAGCUCAAUAAAUGUAUCAUUUAAAUUUAAA